AUGGGGGCGAAGCUACUCUGGCUCUGCCUGGCCUCGGCCCUCGCGGCCUACUACAUCUACAGCCCCAUCCCUGCCGGCCUCGGGCAGCCCUGGAAGGUGAUGCUGCUGGACACUGGCUUCAGGGCCAUGGGGCACCUGGCGGAGGUUGCAGAGCAGCUGGGUCUGAUGCACUACAUGGACGUGCUGAUGCUGAUCACCUUCUCUGAGUGUGUCGCGCCCAGCUCCGACGAGAACGUCACCGUGACUGACACUGAGUUCAGCGGCGUCGCCGUCCGCCUGUACCUGCCCAGGAAGGCACCCGAGGGGCUGCGGAGGGCGGUGGUCUACGUCCAUGGGGGAGGGUGGUGCCUGGGACAGGCAGGGAUGAAAGGCUACGAUCUGCUGUCGAGGUGGACCUCGCACAGGUUAAAUGCUGUCGUGGUAUCAGUCAACUACAGGUUGGCCCCCAAACACCACUUUCCCGUCCAGUUUGACGACGUGUACGCGGUGACCAAGUUCUUCCUCCAGCGCAGCGUCCUGUCCCGGUACAGCGUGGACCCCCACCAUGUUGGCAUCGCAGGAGACAGCGCCGGUGGCAACUUGGCUGCGGCUGUGGCACAACAGCUGUUGGAGGACUCUGAGGUGGAAACGAAGCUCAAAGCCCAAGCCCUGAUUUACCCUGCACUGCAAACCCUCGACCUGAACCUGCCAUCCUACCAAGAAAACAAGCACAGCCCCAUCUUGUCCAGGCUGCUCAUGGUCAGGUUCUGGAGUGAGUACUUCACUUCCGACCCAUCUCUCAGGCAGGCGAUGGCCUCCAAUGCCCACGUCCCUGUGGAGUCCAGCCACUUAUUUCAGUUUGUGAACUGGAGCCACCUGCUGCCCGAGGAGAUGAAGAAGGACCACGUUUACACCGGCCCCGUCUACAGCAGCCCCGCGCUCGCGCAGAAGUACCCGGGGUUCCUGGACCCGCGCGCGGCCCCGCUGCUGGCGAGCGACGCGCGGCUCCAUGGGCUGCCCCUCACCUACGUCCUCACCUGUGAGCACGACGUCCUGCGGGAUGACGGGGUGAUGUACGUCCAGCGCCUCCGGGCCGCUGGCAUCCCCGUCGUGCACCACCAUGCCAAGGACGCCUUCCACGGCGCCAUGAUGUUUGUGUCGGGCCUGACCGAGCUGGCGGUGGGGCACCAGCUGGCCAACGGGUACAUGGCGUGGUUAAAUGAGAACCUCUGA